AUGUUGUCUAAUCGUUUCUCCCGGGGGCUGGUGUUGCUCUGCGCGGGCUUAACGGCUGCACGGGGUGCAUCGCCCGUUUACAAGGACCCCAAUGCGUCUAUUGAGGAUCGCAUUUCGGAUCUUUUGGGCCGGAUGACCGUCGAGGAUAAGAUGGCUCAAUUGAUACAAGGUGAUGUCACUAAUUGGAUGAAUGCGGACACGGGAGAUUUCAAUUACACCGGCCUGGUGGAAAAUAUGAAGAUGAAGGCAGGCAUGUUUUACGGUAUGGUCGGAUAUCCUGUUCCUUGGGACUGGAUCGCUACCAAUGUCAAGAAAGCUCAGGACUAUCUCAUUCAAAACACGACUCUCGGUAUUCCAGCGCUUGUACAAACUGAAGGGAUCCACGGUUUCCUCAUAGCCAAUGCAACGAUCUUCAAUUCCCCUAUUGCAUAUGCGUGUUCGUUCAAUAGGGAUUUGGUGAACAAGAUGGGAAAAAUCAUCGCCCAGGAAGCUCUUACUCUUGGAGUGAACCAACUCUUCGGCCCGGUUGUUGACUUGGCGCGCGAGUUGCGAUAUGGCCGCGUAAGAAUCCAUUACUAUACAAGAGAAAAGGCACAGAGAUCAGGGCUGACUGCGAUGCAGGUUGAGGAGACAUUCGGCGAAGACCCGUACCUGGCUGGAGAGAUCGGGUAUGAAUAUACCACCGGACUGCAGAGCCUCAAUGUCUCCUCUACCGUGAAGCAUUUCAUUGGAUUCAGUGAACCCGAGCAGGGCAUCAAUACCGGUCCUGUUAAGGGCGGCGAGCGAUACCUGCGGACUACCUAUUUCCCAUCUUUCAAGCGGGCAAUCGUGGAUGCUGGUGCUUGGAGCAUCAUGAGCGCAUAUCAUUCGUAUGAUGGAAUUCCCGCCGUAGCAGACUACCAUACCCUCACAGAGAUCCUUCGUGAUGAAUGGGGCUAUGAGUUCUACGUGAUUAGCGAUGCGGGUGCCACCGACCGUCUUUGCACUGCCUUCCACCUCUGCGGGAGCUCACCUAUUGAUAUGGAAUCAGUCACGCUUCAGACUCUUCCCGCUGGUAACGACGUCGAGAUGGGUGGUGGUUCAUUCAAUUUCCAGAAGAUCCCCGAGCUUGUCGAGUCCGGAAAGCUUGAUAUUGCGGCCGUUAACACGGCCGUCUCCAGAGUUCUCCGCGCCAAGUUCACCAUGGGCCUCUUUGAGAACCCAUACCCUGGCGCCCCUCAUAAAGAGUGGGAAAAGCUCAUUCACAGCAAGGAGGCUGUUGACCUGGCCAGGAAACUGGACAAGGAGUCUAUUGUUUUGCUAGAGAACCACAACAAUGUGCUUCCCUUGAAGAAGACUGGCGAUAUCGCAGUCAUUGGGCCGAUGGCUCAUGGCUUCAUGAACUACGGUGACUAUGUGGUCUACCGAAGCCAGUACCGCGGCGUCACUCCUCUAGACGGCAUCAAAGCCGCCGUGGGCGAGAAAGCCCGCGUCCACUACGCUCAAGGCUGCGAAAGGUGGAGCAACGACCAGUCAGGGUUCCCUGAAGCCAUCGAAGCAGCUAAGAACUCCGAUGUUGCUAUUGUCGUCGUAGGCACUUGGAGUCGAGACCAACGCGAGCUGUGGAUGGGACUUAACGCAACAACAGGCGAACACGUCGACACAAACGACCUCUCCCUAGUCGGCGCGCAAGGCGACCUCGUCAAAGCCAUCGCAGCCACGGGCGUGCCCACGAUUGUCGUGCUCUCCAGCGGAAAACCCAUCUCCGACAGCUGGCUUGCCAACGGCACCACCGCCCUAAUCCAGCAAUUCUACCCCUCUGAACAAGGCGGCAACGCCCUCGCGGACGUCCUCUUCGGCGACUACAACCCCUCCGGCAAACUCUCCGUCUCAUUCCCCCGCUACGUCGGCGACCUCCCCGUCUACUACGACUACCUGAACUCCGGCCGCUCCAUUGGCGAUUCCGGCUACGAAACAGCAAACGGCACCCUCGUCUUCGGACACCAGUAUGUCCUUGGCAACCCGGCCCCCUGGUACCCCUUUGGAUACGGAAAGAGUUACUCCGAGUUUGAGUACGGCGGUGUCUCCCUGGACAAGAGCCAUGUGUCCGCGAGCGAUACCGUGACGGUGAGGGUGGCGGUGACGAAUACGCAUGCGACACUGGAAGGGACCGAGGUGGUGCAGGUGUAUGUGGUGGAUGAGAUUUCGACCGUGGAUGUGCCGAAUCGGAUGCUGCGGGGGUUCGAAAAGGUGGUUAUUCCGCCGGGGAACACAGAGACCGUCCAGGUGCAGGUGAGGGUGCAGGAGUUGGGGCUGUGGAAUACGCGCAUGAAGUAUGUGGUGGAGCCGGGGGCGUUCCAGGUGCUGGUGGGCAGUAGUUCGGCUGAUAUUCGUGGGAAUGCCACCUUUUAUGUUCAGUGA